AUGGCCGUCAACCCCGGGCCUCGGCGUCGGCCGUCCGCGGCGGCUGGCGCGACGUUCAAGAAGAAGAUCAAGCAGCCGAGCGUCGCAGAGCGCGACCGCGUCCUCAAGGCGCUGGUCGCCAACAAUUCGCUCGAGCUCUACCAACUCGGCGCCGUCAUUGGCAACGGCCAGUUUGGCCAAGUGCGCACGGGCGUGCACCGCUUGAGCCAGCGCCGCGUCGCACUCAAAGUCUACUCCAAGUCGAAAGCGAUCGUGUCGGACCAGAUCGCCUCAAUCCAGAAAGAGAUUGACAUUAUGAAGGAAAUCGACCACCCCAACAUUGUGCGUCUCUACGAGAUCCUCGAGACGAAAGACCACAUUACGAUUAUCAUGGAGCACUGCGACGGGGAGGACCUCGGCAAGUACAUGGCUCGCAAGACCAAGCUGGACGAAGGCGCGGCGCGCGUUAUCUUUCAGCAAAUCACCGACGCAAUCGGCUAUCUCCACCGAAAGCACAUUGUCCAUCGCGACAUCAAGCCCCAAAAUAUCCUCAUUCAAGAGAGUGCGGGACGACCUCCGUUGGUCAAGCUCGUGGAUUUCGGGCUCGGGGCGAGGGACACGACCAAGGCGCAGCAGAAGCUCACGGCCUUUUGCGGCACGCCCGCUUUUAUGGCGCCAGAAAUCAUUGCACACGAGCUCUACGAGGGCAAACCCGUGGACGCAUGGAGUCUUGGGGUCCUGCUGUAUCUUUUGGUCACGGGAAGCAUUCCCUUUGAUGCGCCGUCGCCCGCGCAGCUCUAUCCUAAAAUCUGCCGUGGCGUGUUUGAGAUGCCAGCUCAUCUCUCCCCGUCGUUGGUCGACCUCCUUCGUGCUGUGCUCACCGUCGAUGUCAACCAGCGCCUGUGCGUCGAGCAAAUGCGGCACCACCAGUGGCUGUGCGUUGAGGAGGUCGUCGCAAAGCGGACACCUGUCAUGAUCGACUCGAUGACGUCGCUUUUUGUGGCCGAGGCCAGCACCCACCGCGCGAUUCUCGCCGAGAUGACAAUCUAUGGACUGCAGAAAGAGGCCAUUUUGGACGACUUGGCGUCGAAAACUUACAAUGGUGUCACGGCGUGGUACCGGCUCCUGCACUUGCAGGCGCUGCAGACGAAGCGGAAGCAGUCGGCACUUCUCGCGCCAAGCAAGACGCAAGCACUAAAGAAGCCGGAUACCGUCUCCAACAAUGCUGUCCUUUCGUCCAUGGACUUUGCUCGGUUCCUACAAGAAAAGAUGUCGAUCGCCAAAGACGCGCCGACGCCCGCCUUUGCCAUCAAACCGAGCUGCUCGACGACCGACUUGUAG